AUGGAGUCCCGAUUACCUAAUGACAAACUUCAAAAGGCUCUCGCAUCCAUAGAAGGGUUUCUUGUUAGAAAAAAGGUCACUCUUAAAGAGUUACAAUCCCUAAUUGGGACACUGCAAUUUGCUACCUCUGUAGUCUUACCUGGUCGAGCCUUCUUACGUCGGUUAAUUGACCUCACCAUUGGAGUCCAUAGAGAAGUUCAGAAAAUUGUGUCCGACAGCACUUCCACUGCCUACGCAAUCACGCUACCUUUGUCCUAUGCCACUAUAGCAUUGUAUGUAGCAUCUCUACAUGAGAAAGGGUUUUCUGCAAGUACCAUCACUUCCAACUUAUCUGCCAUAGCAUAUUUCCAUAAUAUUAGUGGUUACAAUACCCAUGACCCAACUAAAGCAUUCGUGGUAAGAAAAGCAGUAGCGGGUGCUGCUCGCUUGAUGCCUCAGUAUGAUGCCCGUCUUCCUAUCACCAAACCAAUUCUGCAAAAACUGGUACAUUCUCUACAGUAUGUAUACCCAAUGCAGUAUAAUCAACUUUUGUACAAGGCAAUUUUUUCUUUAGCCUUCUAUGGUUUAGCUAGAGUGGGAGAGCUGGUUAUGACUGCACAGGAUAAGUCUGACAAUGUUCUUCAAGUGUCUGAUGUUAAUAUUGUUUACCAAAAUAGCAAACCUUCUAGUAUGCAAGUCUGUUUUCGACAUUUUAAACACAACAGUUCUCAGAAGGCACAUACUAUCACCUUGAAUACAGUCGUAACUUCAUCUAUAUGUCCUGUUCAAGCUAUGCUAGACUACCUUCCGAAGAGAGGCGCCCAGUCAGGCUGUCUGUUCCUGGAUCAAAAUAAAAAACCCAUACCCCGUAAACAUUUUGACAUGGUAGUUAGAAAAUGUUUGAAAUUUUGUGAUUUAGACAGUACUUAUUAUAAGGGACACAGCUUCCGCAUAGGUGGUGCUACUUUAGCAGUCCAUCAGGGUAUGUCCGAUUCUCAGAUUCGAUUGCUGGGCAGAUGGAAGUCUGAUGCAUUCAAGAAAUACAUAAUUUGUCGGGAAUCUGGCAAAUAUAAUAUCGGUUUUAGUUCAAACGGGCAUCUUAAUUGA